AUGUCAAACCCAGAGGCAUCUUUUAGUAGACGGCAUACUAUGACCGAUGCAGAAUUAGUCGAGAUAAGAACUUUUGAAGGAGCGUACUGGCGCACGUGUCUAUCCGCUUUUGGAUUUGCAUUAGUCGUUUUACGCAUCUUUGAGCCAGCAUUCUAUCGGAUUGGGCUUGUAUUUGUUGCAUAUGGUGGGGUUAUGCUGUGUAUUGCAGCUAUUCGACGCCAACAUAACAUGGAUGUCUUCGAUUCAUCAAAACCAUUCGUAACGAGUGGUGGAUAUGUGUUGCUGGCUGGAAUAAUGGGUCUCACCACUUACAUUGUAUUAUUAACGAUGAUUUUGAACAUAAUCCAGUCUAGUUCUACAGAAGCUGAGGAUGAGGAUAGUCCGACUGAUGUUAUCCCUGAACUGGUGGAAUCCUCAUCGAAUGGUCAUGUCAAUGGGGCAAGACAUGAUGUUCCAUCAGCAACAUUAAUAUCACCCAAUGUUAAUAAUGGAUCUCCAUCAAGCCAAAACCAUACAGCAGCCAAAAGAUUAUCACCCGCUUCAAGCUCUCCACGGAGUCGCAUGCAAAGUAGUGUCGUAGCAUCACCAUCAAAUCAUUAUAAUAACUCACAUUAUAUGAAUCCGCCACCAAAUCAUUAUUCCCAAGUUACUUUACCAACCUCAUCAAAUCCUAAUUAUAGCAUUGCUUCAUCACGUGGUCGUCCCAAUUCAAUGAAUCAUCAUCAAAACUCACCAGCGUUACGUCAAUCAAUCUCCACGCAUGGAAAAUCACCUGCUCGUGCACUCCGAGCUCAUACUGUAAAUUUAGUUGGGGAAUCGAUGUUCGUGUUCGGAGGGUGUGACGCCCGAACAUGUUUUAAUAACGUUUAUAUUUUUGAUGCUGAUACAAUGUAUUGGUGUAAACCAAGAGUCUAUGGAGAUCCACCGCCUGCUUGUCGCGCUCAUUCAUCAGCGCUCGUGGAUAAAAAACUUUAUAUUUUUGGGGGCGGAGACGGGCCUAUUUAUUUUAAUGACUUGUAUAUUUUUGAUACGGAUAGUUUAACUUGGAGUCGGCCAUUCACAACAGGAGAUAUUCCUACACCACGGAGGGCGCACACCACGGCGUAUUAUAAUAAUCGUAUAUAUGUGUUUGGUGGUGGUGAUGGUGUUCGUGCCCUUAACGAUGUUUAUGUACUAAACAUCUCAAACUUAGUUUGGGAAAAGAUAGAGACUUUGGGGUGUCCACCAAUAUCUAGAGGAUAUCAUACAAGUAAUUUGGUGGGGAGCAAAUUGGUGGUUUAUGGUGGGAGUGACGGACAUGAAUGUUUUAAAGAUGUCCACGUAUUAAAUUUAGAAAACAAUACAUGGCAUAAUGUUAUUAGCAUGGAAACUUCUUAUCCACGACUCUCGCAUACUGCGACACAAAUAGGCUCAUACCUAUUUGUCGUUUGUGGUCAUGAUGGAACUAAGUAUACUUCUGACGUUUUACUUUUAAAUUUAGUCACGAUGCAAUGGGAGGCUCGUAAAGUUUAUGGUACACCGCCUUCCGGUCGAGGCUAUCACAGCGCAGUAUUAUACGAUUCGAGGUUAUUUGUAUUUGGUGGCUACGACGGCCACUCGGUAUUUGAUGAUGUGUUUGUGUUGGACCUCUCAGCGUGUGCAUAUCUCCCACAAAUUACGAAUUUCCAAUUACCAGGAAUAUAA